AUGCGUGACCCCCUGACGCUGGAGCUGCUGGUGCAAGGCAUGAUGUGCCAGAAGAACUGCGGCUCGACGGUCGAGAACGCGCUGCGAAGCGUCGAUGGCGUGGCCAGCGCCGUCGUGAGUUUUGCCGACCGCAAAGCCACCGUGACACUGCAACACGCAGGCAGUGGCCCGACCUUGGACGACCUCGUGGACGUGGUGGAGUGUGUGGGCUUUGACGCCAGUGUCUAUGACGCUGCCAAGGCUGCAGCCGUCAAGCUGCAAGCUCAGAAGGACAAGCAGCUGCAAGCGGAGAUGGAGGACGUGGCGCUUGACGUGCCAGACGCGGCUGGCCAUCCACGCGCUGUGUUUCACGUCGAAGGCAUGAGCUGUGCAGCGUGUGUCAAGGCCAUUGAGGACCAUCUGAGCAAGACGGCGGGCGUGUUGUACUGUCGUGUGGGACUCAUAAGUCAGAAGGCCGAGGUGUCCUUUGAUCGUGACUUGAUCGAGGACGGAGAGCGCGUGAUCCAGACGCUCAUCCAGGACGCCGGCUACAACGCCACGUUCUCGCACGUGGUGGAGCCGGGCGACGCGGACUCGCUCGAGCUCCAGUUCGCCGUCACGGGCAUGAGCUCCGCGGCGUGUGUGGACAGGAUCGAGUCGGCUGUGGGCGACCUGCCAGGAGUGACCAAGGUACUGGUCGAUCUGCUUACGAACAAAGCACACGUGCACCUGAAGCAGCUGUCCACGACGGGGCCACGUGACGUGCUGGAGUGCAUCACCAGUCUGGGCUAUGCAGCCGACGUGGCGGUCAAGACGACGGACCAGAACGCGCUGAGCAAGUCGGAAGUGGAAAAGUGGCGCAGGCUGCUGACGACGGCCAUGAUCUUCGCGUUGCCGGCCAUGCUCAUCCACAUGGUGCUCAUGUACAUCCCUGCAGUGGAGAUGGUCCUCAUGACACCCGUGUUCAACGCCGUGUCGAUCAAGAUGCUGCUGUUGUUCGUGCUGGCGACGCCCGUGCAGUUUGGUGUGGGCUGGCGGUUCUACGUCGCAGCGUGGAAGGGUCUGCAGCACGGCGUCAUGGGCAUGGACUUCCUCGUCGUGUCAGGCACGACCAUGUCGUACACUUACAGUUUCGUGUCACUCAUCGGGUCGACACUGAGCGAGCACUACCACGGCCGCCACUUUUUCGAGUCCUCGACGAUGUUGCUGACAUUUGUGACGCUGGGGAAGUACAUGGAGUCGAUAGCAAAGGGCAAAACAGCUGAUGCAUUAUCGGAACUGGCCAGUUUGCAGCCGAAGAUGGCGUUGCUGAUCAGUGAGGGCAAGCGUGAUCGUGAGAUCCCGAUCGAGCUUGUGCAGCGCGGAGACCUGCUACGCAUUCUUCCUGGUGCGAACAUCCCGACGGAUGGUGUGGUGAAGUUAGGGUCGAGCUCAAUCGAUGAGUCGAUGCUGACUGGAGAGAGUAUGCCGGUGGCUAAGAAGGAGGGUGACUACGUGUUUGGUUCGACGACGAACCAGCAGGGUGGGUUGGUAAUCGAGUCGAGCUGCAUGGGCGGCGAGAGUUCGGCGUUGUCGCAAAUCUGUGCUUUGAUCGAGGACGCGCAGCUGAACAAAGCUCCGAUCCAGGCGUACGCAGACUGGUUGGCCUCAAUCUUUGCCCCGUGCGUCCUCGGAUUGUCGAUAGUGACAUUCGCAAGCUGGAUGGUGCUGCUCUCGAUGGAUGUUGUUCCUUUGCAAUGGAAGCUUGACUUGGGUGUAUCAAUAGGCACCGGCCAUGGUAACGAUUUCUUCGUGGCAGUCCUGUUUGCGAUCUCCGUCGUCGUCAUUGCGUGCCCGUGUGCGUUGGGGCUAGCUACACCCACGGCUGUUAUGGUUGGCUGCGGUGUUGGCGCCAAGCAGGGCGUCUUGAUCAAAGGAGGACGUGCACUUGAGACUGCGCGCUACAUCGACACGAUCGUGUUCGACAAGACUGGCACGCUGACCGUCGGCCGUCCGUCCGUGCGCGAUGUAGUGGUCGCUGACAGCGCGUAUACGCCACGUGAACUCCUUUAUUACAGCGCGUCGCUCGAGUGCGUGAGUGAGCACGUUCUUGGCAAGGCUAUCGUGAUGACAGCAACCGAGCAGGAGAAGCUGGAACUGCACGAUCCGAGCGACGUGCACGUGGUGUGUGGACGUGGAAUUGAAGGCACAGUCGCAGCUAGUGCGGUCACGUCUCGCGACACCCCCGUGAACGUGUUGGUUGGCAACUCGGAGUACUGCGAGGAGAAAGGCAUUAAGAUUAACGACAAGAUACGUGCUCACAUGCACGAGUUGGAGCUUGAGAGCAAGACCGUGGUGGUCGUGUGUGUGGCAAAGAAGCUCGUGGGCUUGAUCGCGUUGGCGGACGCUCCUCGACCUGAAGCAGCCGCCGUCAUGAAGCAUCUGAAGUCCAUGGGCUUGGAUGUGUGGUUAAUCACGGGUGACAACCUUCGCACAGCCAGUGCAAUUGCGCGGCAGAUGGGCAUCAACCACGUCAAGGCGGUGGCUCUACCCGGUGAGAAGGCGUCCCAGAUCAAGGCAUUGCAGUCGCAAGUGAACCCGAUAACACUGAAGCCGCGCGUCGUGUGCAUGGUUGGUGAUGGCAUCAAUGACGCUCCAGCACUCGCGCAGUCAGACGUCGGUAUGGCAAUUGGUGCCGGUACGCAGAUUGCCAAGGCCGAGGCUGACAUGGUACUGGUGAAGAGUGCGCUCACCGACGUGGUGGUGGCGCUGGAUUUGGCUCGUGUGGUGUUUUCGCGCAUCAAGUUGAACUUUUUCUUUUCGGUCGUGUACAACCUUGUUGGCAUUCCGCUGGCUGCUGGUAUGUUCUUCCCACUGAUCCACCAAAUGAUGCCACCUGCAUGUGCUGGAUUUGCGAUGGCUUUCUCGUCGGUAUCGGUCGUGAUCUCGUCGCUGCUGCUGAGGACGUACCGCGCACCUGUAGUUGGUGCACGUGAAAGGAAAAAGGUCCACUUCCACGACGAUGCAAAGGUGAUUGAGCUGAGAAGCAUGGUGCGUCAAAAGCUUGGUUCGUCACACAAGACGUAUGAGCCCGUGGCAAAUUCCGACAAGGUGAGUUUCGUGUCCGUUAGCAUCGAUGUUGGUUUGAGUCGCGACGGAUUUACUCACUCGCUGUUGUCGACUUCUUCUUUGCAGUGGUAUGAGUAG